CCGAAAAGAAGUGGAGCGGAAGAUUUGGUUCGAAUGAAGAAGAGCGCGCACGCAGCGGACAAUCGGACCGGCGAAUUGCAGCUCAGCGGCGAUGGGACGACGAUGCUGACGCGAGCGCACGCGCCUCAGGGAGAUCGCUCUGAAGCGGAAGGAAUCGAGAGAUCGGAGGAGCGACAGCGACACCGAUUUGGAUUGCGAUUGCGAUUGCGGUUGUGGAGAAUUUGAGCUUCAUUGUGGUCGUUGGCGCCGAAGAUCGAAAGCCCGAAUAUGGACGCGAUUUUGCUGUGCCCUGCGUCGGGAUGCCUUGCGCUCGCGUCGUGCCGUGCGAGCUCUUCUUCGCGAUUCAGCGACAGGGCUCGGCUGCGAAGUGCGUCUUCGAGUCUGGUGCCGGGAGCUCCCUUGACAGCUCUGAAGAGCUCCUCGCUGCGCAGGGCAAUUCCCAGGGCGAGCAAGGCCGGCGCUACGCUUGCAACUGAAGAGGAAGUGGACGAUGUGGGAAACGCUGGAACUGCUGCAAGCGAAGAUGUGGUGCGGAGCGUAGAGCUGCUGAAAACCGCAGCCAAAACUCGCAAGGUUCCCGCAUCUGCAAUCUGCGCAGCGUUUCGGACAUUGGAGAAGGGUAAAUUUGAUCGAUCGGAUUAUGCAUCGAUCAUUGGUGGGACGGAAUCUCCUGGCCGAACUUGGAUGCUUGUUUUUACUGUCGGCAAAGAUGUGUACAACAAUAAAGUUGAAGGUGGAGGAUCUUACUUCCCGGUCACGGCCGUCCAGAACUUCGAUACAGCGGCCCAAAGGCUCGAGAAUGGAAUCUAUCUACGACAACUUGGAAAUUUGACCUUCUCGGGCAAACUCAAAUUCGAGAAACGUAAGCUUUCAUUCUUUGUGAAUUCCUUGAACCUGACUGUAGGUUCAUAUGGUCCAUUAAGAAUUAAGCUGGGAGGGAAAGGGGACAAUGACGUACCAGACAAGAACGAUCCGUUCUUCAUAUGGUAUUAUGCAGACGAUGAAAUUAUUGUGGCAAAGGGAAGAGGUGGGGGUGUCGCGUACUGGUGCAGGUGCUCCAACGCCGCGAAGAGAUGAAGAGACGCACAAUCCUUGUUUCAGGCAAGAGUUGUGAUCAGCUUAAGCCGACUGCUCAUACUUCAUGCCCUGUGUACCAUAAACACGAUAAGAGCAAUAAUCUUUAUCGCCAGAUGUUCUGUACCUCAAGACAGUAAGGGCGGAUUUUCAGCCUUUAGCGGUGAGUUACGUGUAUUGUGAAAAUAUUAGACUUCAUCGUAUAUAAAAUCAAGGAGGAUGCAAGAAACUUCAUGAGGUGAUGCAAGGUUAAUACCUUUAGUAUGAACGGAUUGGAUCUACCCCGCGAUGAUCAAGGCUUUCAAUGGUAGUGUGUAUUUUAGUUCAAUGAUAGAAAAUGUUUUACCAAGCAGCAAGAAGUUCUUGGAGAAUAUUAUUCGUACAUCACAUUGUAUUCCUUGUAUCUAGAUUUCAAUAACGAUUCCACAAUAAUUGCAUGUUUCAAAAUGAGCGAAAUUUGAAGACCGCUCGUAGCACUUGUUAUAUGCAAUGAGAAACCUUCCUUCUUUUC